AAUGAAUGCAUAUUUCUGUUUUUUAAUUCAUUUCUGCAUGCACAAUUGCUGCCUUGACCCAAGGGUUUGGUGCAUUUGUCUAGCUCCCAUGAACUAUAUGGGUUGUUGCAAUGCUCUCUGUACUGUAUUUAAUUUAAUUAGGAGUUCUAAUGCCAGUUACUUGUUGGAUGUCUAUGCUCAAAAUAGACCAGAGAGGUUAUUGCUGCCCCACACUUGGGCGUCUACGAGCCCUGCUCCGCGGUGCUGGUUCUGCCCUCUCUCCACCGCCCCAGACAAGCGACGGCGCGUGUGUUGUGCGCCUCCUUUCCUAACUUUUCCGGGAGACGUGCUACAGCGCACAUUACGGUAAUGCCGGUCCUGCCCCGGCCACGCCCAGCUGGAGCCGUGGGUGGAUCCCACAAGCACCAAUCGGGGGAGCUGGGGAAUGAACCCGGAAGUGGGGAGGAAGAGGCGUGUUGUUCUCGCCGCCAGAACUCGGGAGUAGGGCGGCCGCAGCAGCGCGGGCGCGAUGGAGAAGAACGGGCCGGUCGUGUGAGUGGAAGCGAGAGAGCAGGCAUUGUGCGGUCGUGGGGUGGGACAAGGGUUCCGCGCAGGGGAUGAGGGACAUUUGCUGCAUGUUCCCUUGGCCGGGCUGCUGGGUCUUCCGCUGCUGCAGUGAAGCACCACCUCAGCCCCUGACGCCCUUUCUGACAUGCAGGUCCACCCGUGCAGUACUUGGGGUUGAGCUCGCGUUGCCGGUGCAGGCAGGGUUGACAUGGUGCCGAGUUGUCUGCUUUGUGCCGAAUGUCGGUGCGCUGAGCACCAGUAGGCAAAGUUUGGGUUUCCACCUUGCUUUGCUUUGCGUUUCCACCUUGCUUUGCGCUGCUUUUAUCCAUUAGACAUUAAGACGCAGUGCUACAGAGUAUGAGAAAAAAGGAGGGACUCCUUUUUCUCUUUCCCCCUUCCGGCCCGUAUUUGAGAUGAUUCUGCGUGCUGUAAGCAGACAUUGCUUGCUGCAGUGAGAGUCUUUCUUUCACCUGGGUUGCUCUACUUCAGCUUCUAUGAUGGUAUUACUCUCAUUGUGGCCAGCGUGAAAGCACGUAGGCCACGGUGGGCUUGAUGGACUCUACUUCUGAAGUACUGUAAUAUACAUACAGUUGUGCUUGCACAUGUGGCCAUGGCAAACCAGGCUUUUGAACACACUGCAAGGGCUAAGCCCAAAUCUAGCUGUGAUCCAAAUGACACAGCGUAAAGCAAGGGUUCCCAAACUGUAGUCUGUCAACGUCAUUCAGGUGGUCCACAGCAUGUCUGUUAAAUAAAAUUAGAAAUAGUCCCCCAAGGGACUAAUAUAAAUAUAGAAUGUAGAACCUGUAGUUGUAACUAGCUAAGAGGGGAAUAACUGUUCCUGUAUGGCACUGAUAAUUUAAUCCAUGAUAGUUCCAUGGACUGGACUGGUGUUUGUGUGUCUUUUCCCCUCCGGCUUCCCUCAGAUUGUAAUGCAAUAGUUUGUUUGAUAAAGUAAAACAGACUUCACCCCUCUUGCAGCAAAGAAUACCGCAACAUGGUAGUGAGAGAGGAAAUAGUCUGUAAAUAUUUUUUCCAAGUUUUAGUUAGUGAGUGCCACUUACUACCUUCCCUAGUUGUCAAUUUAAUAUUUGAAAGGGGGAGGAGGUGGAGAAUCUUCUUUCAUCUGGGAGUCACAUUAUAUUGGAUGGUUUUUGAUAAAUGGUCAAACAUACCUCUUCACCCAGACCUUUGAAUGAGUGGCUGUUUUCUGUUCCCUGAUAAGUCUCACAGAAUUCCCUGAACUGAAGAAUGAUACCUUCCUCCGAGCAGCACAUGGAGAAGAGACAGAAUACAUCCCUGUUUGGUGCAUGAGGCAAGCAGGAAGGUACCUCCCAGGUAAGUGAAGUGACUGAGGUGUUUGGGGCAAAGAUGUUUGGAUCUUGUCUUCAUGUCCUUGGGACUGGGAAGGCCUGCUGGUUGGCCCUGAGUUCUGAGAGAGGAGUACAAUUACCUAAAAAUGAGUAGGAGGGAGAGGGAAAGAAGCUCUCAAGACCAGAGCCUUUGGAGGAUUCUGAAAGCAAGAAUCCAGCUACUAGUAUCUGCCCAGAAAAUGGAUCUGGGAGAAACUUCAGCUCUGAAAAGCAUUGACAGAUAGUGUCCUGUGCCUGGAAUUUUUUUCCUUGCAACACCUCUGUGAUUGACAUAAUUAGCCUUUACCCAUUUCUGAGGGCGGGUUCCUUUAGUCCACAGAUGGAGGGAAUCUAUGGCCCUCCAGAUGUUGCUGGAAUCUGACUCCCAUCAGUACCACCCAUAAUGGUCAGUGGUCAGGCAUUAUGGAAAUUGGAGUCCAACAACAUCUGGAAGCUCCUAGGUUCCCCGCAUCUCUCCUCUAGGUUAAGUUGCAUUCCUUUUGAGAGGCAUCUCCCUGCCACUCCAUUUUCUUUUUUUCUUUUUCUUUUUUUGCAGAGUUCCGAGAGACGCGAGCAGCUCAGGAUUUCUUUGCUACCUGUCGAUCACCAGAGAAGUGUUGUGAACUUACCCUGCAGGUGUGUUGUGAACCUAUUCUGCAAGUGUGCAAGGUUCCAGGAGGGAGAGUUCUCUCUCCCUGCCCCAUUCAUAAUUGAGGGUUAUUCCUGUUCUUCAGACUGUGGCAGGAGCUGAAUAUACCCCAGAAUAUAAACUCUGACAUUUGCUCCCACAAGAUGGUCACCAGCAUAGUUUUACAAGAGGCUCCCCAGACUCACCAUCUCACCUUCCUUUCCCUAACCAAUUUCAUUUGUCUCUUCCAUCUAAAUAGCAAAACUAAAUACAGUGGUGCCUCGCAAGACGAAAUUAAUUCGUUCCGCGAGUCUUUUCGUCUUGCGAUGUUUUUCAUCUUGCGAAGCACGGUCCGUUGCAACUGUGCCUCUUCAAGCGGCUUUAAGAAAAAAGCGAACAAACUCGCAAGACGUUUUCGUCUUGCGAAGCAAGCCCAUAGGGAAAUUUGUCUAGCGAAGCAACGCAAAAACCGAAAAACCCUUUCAUCUAGCGAGUUUUUCGUCUUGCGAGGCAUUCGUCUUGCGGGGCACCACUGUAGCAGUUAUUGAUUUGGGUUUUAAUGUCCUCCUUGCUGCAUUUGCUAUUCAGUUGCAUGGGCAAUUUAUAUAUUUAGGUCAGGGGUGGAGAACCUCAGAUCCAGGGACCAACUGUGGCCUUAUCUGUCCCUUGGGACUGUCUCUGCUUCACACCCUUCUUUUUGUCUGGCUGGAAUGUGUCAUGAGCUCUGAUAAUGCUUCUUGCUUGCCUGGGUGGAGGAGAGAGAGGGGUGUGUAGAAACUAGCUCAUUGUGCAAAGGGAAAACUUACAUGUGUUGCUUUGCCCACUGUUGCCUCUGCCUUGUGACUCCUGGAACAUUCCCCUGGAGGGAAUGUGGCUCUCAGGCUAAAAAAACACCACCCCCCCAGUUUUUAGAAGCAUUGCAGACUUCUUCAUUAGGUGUAUCUAAGCAUUCUUCAGGAAAUAAUUUGGUAUGUUGUUCUACACUGUUCCUUGAAUAGAAAAACAAUAGUGUCCAUGGGUGGAAUUCAACAUAGUGAGAAGUAGGCUGUUCACAAGUGGAACAAGGUCUCCUUGCACAAUGGGACUUCCCUCUGGCUCCCGUCCACAUGCCCUCUAAACCUGAUCUGGACUGUUUCCCCAAUUUUCCAGAGCAGGUUUUGAGGGGAGUAGGGGAGGGAAAGUGCUCAUUUUACUCAUGCAACAACGUAGCUGAAUUCCACCCCAUUUCGCCAUGAAUUUGUUGUCUCCAGCAAGCACAAAUGAAAAUGCAUCUGUUAGUUUGAAAUAUGACAGAGGGAUUGUGAUAAAAUAUGAAAGAUAGGUAUAUAAGUAAUAAGUUAUUGCCACAAAUGUAAAAUUACUAACAGAACAUUAUAAUUUUGAUAAAUGCAUUUUUGUGUUUCUUUCAAUACAAUGUAAAUAUUUUAAAAAGAAAUACGAAAGAAAGGGCUCACUAGCUAAAACAUGCCGUGGUACCUUGGUUCCCAAACGGCUUAGUUGUCGAACAAAUUGGCUCCUGAACGCCGCAAACCCGGAAGUAAGUUUUUCAGAAGCUGAACAUCUGACAUGGCUUCCGCGGCUUCCGCUUGAGUGCAGGAAGCUCCUGUAGCCAAUCAGAAGCCGCGCCUUGGUUUUCGAAUGGUUUUGAGAGUCAAACGGACUUCUGGAAUGGAUUAAGUUUGAGAACCAAGAUACGAAAGUCUUCGCAACUCUACUAAUAGGAAACUGAUAUUUCCACUGUGACUAUUACGCUUUCCCUUGCACAGACAGUGCUUGGCUGAGCAAUAAUGUCUCUGUUGGGUGUUCCAUGUAGCAGGAAGGGUAGCAGGGUGUGUGAAUGAAGCCUCUGCUCCAGUGUCACUACAUGUUGGCUCUAUUCUGAAGACAUUCACUUGAACUUGCUUAAAACAUCCAUGACUGGAACCCUGAUAAGGCAGAGGUCCUGACUGCAGGGAGGCUUCUAAGGCUUCCCUCCUGCAGCUCCCUGUAACUGGUAUUCAGAAGCAUUGCUGCUUUCGACCAUGGAGGCAGAAUGUAGCCCAUUGUGGCUAGUAGAAUGCCCUUAGAAACUGCCUUCAGAUCUUCAUGCUCAGCUUCCAAAGAUCUGAAGCUUCCACAUGGGGAUGGGGAGGUUGGAGUGGGGGCUAACAUGCAAGCCCCCCCCAUACACACUGUUUUGAAUGCCUGUGAGUGGACUACUGAUACAUGUGCAUCAGAUUGCCUAAUUCAAAAUGGAAGCAUUUGAUUGGACUCGGUGUGCUUUCAAAUGCACAAAGGCACGUCGUACGCUCUGGCAAUGUCCUGAAAGACAGAUGAUGCACGAUUGUUUUCUAAGACCCGUUUCCUUCUCAAAUAACAUACAUCUGUGCAGUGUGCUUUCCCUUUGUUCUUUUAUAAUGUGUCUACUUCUUGGACCUCCUCCCUUUUUUCUGCUUUUGGCACUUUCAUGCCUUGCACUUGCAUGGGUCUCUGAUUUUUCCCCCCUCCCCAUGUUCUUUUUCGCAACAUCAUUACAAAUAUUUCUAUUAAGUCUAUUUUAGUAACAUUCAUUAACGCUCUCCCCCCUGCACAGCACCAUCUUUCUCUUCAAAAAUGUUAUUAACGGCUUAACGUUUGUUCCUUUUUGUUCAGUUGUAAAAGAAACCCCAAAAUUCUAUGCGCAGCUGACUGCUUGAGGAAUUCUUCCACCUCUUUUUUUUAAAAAUAAAUAAAUAAAAAGACUGCAUUUAUACAGUGCUUCCUUCUGUUUUGCCUCACUUCGUUAUACAACCUGUCAAUAUGUUUUUCAGUGUUCAUUGUCCCUCUGACAGCACACCUGUAAACAUUACUGUAUUUUUUUUAAUGUUUAUAACUCUCUUGGUGUCUCUCUCUCUCUCUCUCUCUCUCUCACACACACACACACACACACACACACACGCUUUCUCUUUUUCUACACAUUCUAAUCUCAUUCUGUUUUGGGCUGUUUUAGCUUUUGAGUCAACUUGAACAGAUUAUCGUUUUGGUUCUUAUUAUCUUUGUAGUCUUUUCCUGCCAUUUUUUUUUAAAAAUCACAGCUCCUUUAUUUUUGCAAUUUUGAAUACUAGACUCCUUUCCGUUUAAAAACAUUAUAAUAGAGUUUCCAAGAACUGUGGGGAUUGUGGACUGAGAACACAUUCUUUGAGCUCCAAACCCCCCCCCCCCCGCCCCAGUAUCCUGCCUUAAGCUCUGUCUAUCCUGAAGGGAAGCAGGCGGAAAGCAAGUUCUGUUUUAUAUGCAUAGCCAGAGAGAAGCUCCACAAACCAACAUUGUCCUGCGUAUUGAUGUAGUCUGUGUAUCAGUGCAGUUUUCCUACAUAUCUGUACUUAAAAUGGACUCGGGGAAAGACAGGAAUGGGUUCCUGCAUACCCUCCAGCGCACGGGAACCUAUUUAUGCCUUUCCCCAUGUCCCAUGCUGUGCUCCACAUACAGCACACCCACUUUACCUUUACAGGAAGUGAUACUGUCUGAAUUUGAAUAUUUUGGUAAUAAUACAGUGGUGGUAAAUCAGGGGAGAUGUGGACUCAAAGGGCCAAGAAGGCCAGGCUGCGGGAAGAUCAUCUUGUGCAGUACACAGGCAGGACUGUAUCACUGUCUGCUGAAAAUCUAGGCUGCAGGGUUCGGGCUGCCUAUUGGAAUGUCUGCAACACCACUGCCUGGCAUUCUCUUUCAUGAAGGAGGGGCUGUAGCACAUGGUUAGAUCACGUGCCUUGCACACAGACGGUCCCAGGUUCAAUCCCCAACAUCUCCAGGUAGGACUGGACUCCUACCUGACCCCUGGAGAAGAGUUUCCAGUUAGUAUAGAUAGCACUGAGCUAGAUGGACUAGUGGUCUGAUUCAGUAUCCUGUGCUCUGAUUCAGCAUCCUAAGGCAGCAUCGUAUGUUCUGGUGUUCAUACGCUACGUCUAUAGUGCACUAGCUUUUGGGCCUCAGCAGAAAUCUUGCCCUUCUUCCCCCCUCCAGUUUUUCCUGGAUUUUGAGUUUUCAGGCUUACUGCCUUUGUAUUUUCAAAUAUUUCUUCUCUCCUAUGAGAGGGUGGUUCUCUUUCUACACACGUGUCAUUUCUAGCUUAAAAACAGGGCAGAGCACCCUCUACAAGGUCUGUGUUUUCUUCUUCCUUUCAGCCUCUACGGCGCUUUCCUCUUGAUGCUGCCAUCAUCUUUUCGGACAUCUUGGUGGUGCCGCAGGUAAGAGAUGCUGGACGUGGGGAGGGGCGGUGGGGGGCAGCUGUACCGCUUAUAGAAAGAAAUUCCUUAACAUCCUACUGCUUUCCUAGGCACUAGGCAUGGAGGUGGUGAUGGUGCCUGGCAAGGGACCCACCUUCCCUGAGCCACUGAAGGAAGUCGAGGACCUGCUGAAACUCCGCCAAAAAGUGGAUGUGGCAGCAGAGCUUGGCUACGUCUUCCAGGCCAUCACGUUGACCCGGCACAAAUUGGAAGGGAAGGUGCCCUUGAUCGGCUUCUCUGGCGCCCCGGUAAGUAUAGUUCUUUGGAAAUGGGCGUCUCCCAAAGAGACUGUGUGUCAUUCCCUAAAAAUGCUGGUGGGCGCUGGGAAAUGUUGGGAUGUGCUGGCCACCUGUGCCGCUGCAUGAGGCCAGGUGGAUUCUGGGUACCGUGGAUUUGUAGCUGCAGCAUUUGACAACCUCUGCAGAGGAGAGAGUGUCAUGGGGGGUGUCACUUACAAGCUGGCGUAGUUCAUGCUCUCUCCUAGUAAGGCUGUUGGGUCCCUGACUCCCUGCCUUAGCUUUCUGCUGCUCAAACAUUGACUUCAUAGGAUGAUAUUUGUGGAACUAACUGAUGGGUGGCAGGUGGCUGAGAGAGGCGGCUUUUCUAUGCCUUCCUUUCCAGCAUUUUCUGCUAGGCAGGGAAGACACACUGGAAAGGGUGUGCCAAGUAUCUCCUUAAGAUAGUGCUUAAAAUAAGUAUGUUGCAUUUCAUUUAGGUGAACAUUAAAAAUUGUCAUGCAUUUGACUGAUUACAGUUGGCCAAAAGUCAACUUAAGAGUGGAAGCAUCAAAGCUUGGGCGUGUAAGUUUUGGGGCAAGAGAGGCAGUGCAUGACAUCUUUAGAAGUGAAUAGCAUCAGUUAAGACAAAUGCAGCUUCUGGUUUUUAGGAACCCAGAGGGGUUGAGGCCUGGUUCUGAACUGAACAAGUAACCUGAUAUGUUGUGAACCGCCCUGAGAUAUGCAGGUGAAGGCCAGUAUGUAAAUUCAAUAAAUGAUAAUAGUAAAUAAAUUAAGAAGAAGAACAGAGCUGCCUCACAGUUUCUGCAAGAACCACUUGCCUUACAGAAGCUGGCUUAGGCAUGGUGAGGCAUUGGAACAAGUGCUUUUGAAUUCAUGCCUGCUUUCACUUUCUGCUUGUUGUCUGCUUCCUAGUGGACACUGAUGUCCUAUAUGAUCGAAGGUGGCGGCUCCAACACAAUGGCCAAAGCCAAGGCCUGGCUCUACCGGCACCCUGAGGCCAGUCACCGUCUACUCACGUUAUUGACUGAUGUAAUUGUGGAUUACCUGGUGGGGCAGGUGGCUGCAGGCGCUCAGGUGAGUGGAAGAAGAAAGUGGCAUCAUCCUGCUUGAGAAGAGCUGUAGACUCCUGGGCAGCUCCUGCCCACAAGCUUUCAGGCAUAGCUGUAAGUUGGACAAAUUUGCCACUCAUUUUCCAAGGCACUUUUGAGAUACCCUUCGUCUUCUACAGCCACGACCCUUAAGACAAAUGAGAUCUGGGGGGAAAGCUUACUUCAGGAAGGUAAAGGGUGCCGGCAAGAAAUCAGUAGUGCCAUGCUGCUAAUCAUAAUCUUAUCAUGUAACCUUUUAUUACAGAAUCCAAUCACUUUGUUUUUAGGAAUAGGCUUUUAGCCCUCGUGGUUGCAAAUAAAAGAAAAGGAAAACAGCUUUCCUCCUUUGGCAAAAUUGCUGCCUGAUGGCACUCUGCAUAACACAGCAAACUUCUCCUCCUCCCCAAGAUCAUGCCAGCUGGCUUCAGCCCUCCCUGGUUUUAUUCAUUCAGCACUAAGGUGACACUGGGCUAUGCAUGUGAUUGGGGAGCAUGGCAGGGUUCCCCAUCAUGGGGACAAGCACUGUGCACCAGAUGCUCCCUCUUGCGUUAUGUGGAAUGCAUGGGAGGUGGGGUCAGCUGGUGCGAUUCCUACCUCCCUCACACAUUCACAUAACUUAUGGCUGGAACAUGAGAAGUAGUAGCCUUCCAGCUGAUUUCCUUCGCUUGUGACAACCUCCUAGAGCACAACCUUUUAGAUGAUGGUGAUGAGAAUAAGGUCUGUAAAUUAACACUCUGAUCUUAUUCAUAUGUACUCAGAACUAAGCCCCACUGGCAUUCUUCCAUCCCUGUGUGAUUUACUUCCAAAUAGGGGGUUUAGGAUGACAGCCUAAGGCAGUUUAAUUAUAGCAUUGGUUCCAGUUGAAGAAUUCGAGAUUGUUUACUGGAAUCGCUUGCCUUGUGUCAGGAGAGUGGAUUAGGGGGGAAAAUGCAUUGUUCUGUGCCAGGCGUGGGCAAACUUUUUGGUGCCAAGGGCAACCUUUCCUUGGGGUGUGGGUGAGUGGAGGAGACCCACUUGUGUGCUAUGGGGAAGGAAGAGUCCUUUCUGAUAUUUGUAGAAGAGUUGCACUUAAGAGGGAGAGAUGUCAGCCAAGAGGGAUGCUGAUUCCUUGGUGCUGUCUCUCUUGGCAGGCUCUACAGCUUUUUGAGUCCCACGCAGGACACCUGGGGCCAGAGCAGUUUGCAGAGUUUGCCCUCCCCGCCAUCCGUUGCAUUGCCAAGCGAGUGAAGAGCAAGCUACGGGAAGACGACCUGCCUCUGGUGCCCAUGGUAAGAGACAGAUCUCUUGGGUUCCUUGUGGGAUUCAUAGGAUCAGCAGAUCUUGGAGCUGGAAGGACUGUUGGAGUUUUCUGUUCAUCCUAAAAACAGAUACCACAUGGUGAUAUUGAAGCAGCAGCCAUGGAAGGCCGCUCCAUCUGUCCAUACCGAGGGUAGGACAGAAGGCCUUUGGGAGCUGCCUUCCAGAAGACAUAUAGAUGGGCAAUACUGGUGUGUGUAUGGGCAUCUUCUCUAGUGUGCCUUGUGCACAAUUAAAUGCAGAGGACCAUGGUGCCACAAGGCUGAAAGGAAAUUCUUGUAGAGUCAGAAAGAGAGCAGAGGAUAAGGUGAGAGCAGGACUGGGUAUCCUUCUCUUAAGUCAGGCUCCUACUGUAAGAAUUGGGGAGCAGGAAAAUUCUACCCUCUCUUUAAAAAAAAAUGUUUCCCCCAACUCAUCCUGAUUGGAUGAGGUGGGCUACGAACUUUCCUAAAUCCUGGAGAAGUUUGGCUUUUGAUACCUCACACCCAUGUGCUGGAGGUUACUCCUUAACACACUCAGUACUCAGUUUGAUAAUCUGGGACAUCCCUACCUCUGCACUGGGAAGGAGUAUAGCUCUGUGAUAAAGCUCAGGAUAUGCACGUGGGAGGUGCCAGGUUCAAAUUAUGUCAUCUUCCAUUGAAAGGACAAGGUAGCAGGUUUCCAAGUCCUAAACGGCCUCUGCCUAGUAUACCUGAAGGAGCGUCUUUACCCCCAUUGUUCAGCCCGGACACUGAGAUUCAGCACCAAGGGUCUUCUGGUGGUUCCAUCACUGCAAGAAGUGAAGUUACAGGGAACCAGGCAGAGAGGGCCUUCUCGGUAGCUGCGCCCACCCUGUAGAAUGCCCUCCCAACAGAUGUCAAGGAGAUGAGUAGCUAUAUAACACAGAAGGCAUCUGAAGGCAGCCCUGUAUUUCCAAACUUUCUUUCCAAACUGUGUUGCGACACAUUAAGUGUGUCAGCUGCAGUGUGUAGGUUUGCCGUGCAAACACUCCCCACACUCCUCCCAGGGCUGGAAAGGGGUUUCGUUUAACCUCCGGUUUGCUAGUAAAGCUGAAUUACUGUGUCACGAAAUGAUUCAUGUCUAAAAAGCGUGUCACCAACAUGAAAUGUCUGGAAAGCUCUGCUGUGCUGUAUAGGGAAGCUUUUUAAGGUUUAAGGUUUUAUUAUGUUUUUAUGUUGGAAGUCACCCAGAGUGGUUGGGGCAACUCAGCCAGAUGGGCAUGGUAUAAUAACAAUAAUAAUAAUAGGAAGGAAGGAAGGAAAUAAAUCUGAGACCCUGGAGAGGUGUUGCCAGUCAGGGAAUAUGGUGCAAACUAGGUCUGACCUGGCUCAUGAGGCAACUUCUCAAGUUCCUGUGAGAUAGCAGGAACAGCAGUAUUGACCAGAAGUGAAGGAAUCCUGCAGAAGGAACUUCCUGUGCUCCUAUAUUAUAUACCAAGCUGUUGACUGCUUGGAGGGAAUCUGCCCCACACAACCUCCCUUGAAAUCACCUGCAUUCCAAGCCAAUUCUGGGAUGGCAGGAGAGGCGGUGAUGGAAGAUAUUCCAGGCUGGAGGUAUCUCUUGGUCUGUCUGCUGCCUGUCCCCAUUCCCUGUUUUCUGUCUUUCCUUUUAGCUUGGGGCUGAUGUGUCUGUGUUAAGGAGAAACCCCCCUUUUAAAGUAAAAGCAAAGUACAAAGUUGUAGUAGUCCUGUUUCACCACUAGAAGGCAGCCAAGUAAUGAAGCAAUGCCAACUGGGCAAGCCAGAGCGGUCAAGGACCUGCCUGCAAAGAUCUGCUUGCGUAUAGAAACUUCUCCGUUGUCCUCUUCCCCCUUUCCCAUCGUGCACCAAGAGAAGCUCUGCUUGUUUGUGGAUGUGAACGUCUUACAAUGGAGGAGACAUGUUGCCCUCCAGAUUCUGCUGGACUCCUAACUCACAGGAGCACUAGUACCAGCCAGGGAUGCUGGCAAAGGUGGCCAAACUGCAUCUGGAGGGCCACAGGUUCCCCAGUCUUGCUUUGGUGCCAAGCACGCAGCCCUGCCCACCACAUUGUCCUGUUGUUUUGUCUCCUCUCUCAGAUCAUCUUUGCCAAGGAUGCGCAUUAUGCCCUAGAGGAUUUAGCACAAUGUGGCUACGAGGUGAUUGGCCUGGACUGGACCAUCUCCCCCCAGGCUGCUCGGUGAGAAAUUGACUGGCCUUCCGUAGGGACUGUUAGGAGGGUUGGUAGGAUUUCUAAAGUGCUUUUGCCAAUAUCAGAAUCCUUUCGUUUCCCAUAAAUUUUGCUUCAUACGGUAUUGUGGAUACAACAACUACUGGCUAAGCGGAAUGGACUGGGGAACAGUAAAUAAGAGGCUUAUGUAAAGUACUAAGGAGCCAGCAGUUUAUAGGUGCAGGGAGCUCCUCCAUUGAAUUGCUGCUAUGAAGAGCCAAACCCUGCUCACAUGCAGCAGUUGGGAAACAGAGAGCUGAUUGUUUCAUACGGCUAGAGCUGAGUGAGCCCCCCAGCCAAGAUGAUCUUUGAAACGUCUUCUAAGACUAGAGGCCAGUUUCCCAGGAUGAUGGGUAGAAAGUAAGACUGUGAGCAAACGGGGCAAAAUGUCCCAUUGUUCUGCCUUAGGAAAUUAGUUCUCUUCUCUCCAGCUUUUCAGAAGCAAGGAAAUGGUAUUGUUUUGUGACCUGACAUGAUAGCUGUCUUCCAAUAUCUGAAGACUAGAAGACUCUCAGGGUCCCUUUCCAACUCUACAAUUCUAUGGUUCUAUCACGUGUCAGUGGAACAAAGUAAAUUUCACUCUACUGUUUCAGGAAGCAGAGCUAGAAGGAAUGGGUGGAAACCACAAGGAAGCAGAAUUUUGGCUAAAUCUUGUUAGAAAUGUCCUAAUGGGAAGAGCUGGGCAGUGAGCUCUUCUUCGCUAGAGGCUUCCAACUCCAAUAUUUUAUGACUUUGCAACAUAAGUACAACCUGGAUAAGUUUAAUUAGGUACAACCUUCUAAGUAGGGCUAGUCAGAUACAUCAGAAUUAGACCCAAGAGGCACCUGGGACACAGGUGUCAAGUAGAUGUAGGCAACCAUCAUUAGCUCUUACGGCUUCCAACCAUUGCUCUUCCUGUUUUAUAACCAUCUGAUUUCGUAAGUAUCUCAAAUUCUUGUGAUGAUGAGGAGCUACAUCUUGCUCUGGUGCCUACAAGUAUCCCUCCUCAACCUCCAGAGCAGGUACUGAUGUUUUAUUUUUUCUGUUGCAGUCAGAGGAUCGGGAAAAACAUUACCUUACAAGGGAAUUUGGAUCCAUGUGCCCUCUAUGCACCAAAGGUAAAGAGGCAGGUAUCACAAGCCCCCUAGACAAAUGUCAGGGAACCUUUCUUAGGGCUAAGGUCACGUUACUUCAGUGGAAAGCUGUUGGUGGGGGGAAUGGACACAUUUCAGUAAUGGGCGAGGUUGGACCCAACACACAAAGCCACAGGAUGCUCCUAGUUAGCAAACAAUGGUUGUAAGGACUGUCUGCACUGAGUCUGUCAAAUACGCUCUCUCCCCCCCUCUUCCAAUACACUAUAAGUUAGCCUAGGUUGGUUGCUUCAACUGUCUUGCCCUGCUGAUUCUUCUUCGCUUUUGUCAGGAGAAGAUUGGGGAGCUGGUGAAGAAGAUGGUGGAAGGCUUUGGCUCCAAGCACUACAUUGCCAACCUGGGUCAUGGCCUGUAUCCUGACAUGAGCCCGGAGCACGUGGGGGCCUUUGUGGAUGCUGUACAUAGGCACUCUCGCCAUCUCAAGAAAUGUUCCUGAAGACUUGGGGAGCCACAUGGAAAAUGGACAAAGCAUCAAAGAGACUGCAGCAAGAGAGGAUCAUGUUUGCGAGUGCUGGAGAGCCAGUCACUAUGACUGAGAGAAAGAACAAGGAUGUGGGUUUGUAAUAGCGCACUAUUAAAAUGCUUUUCACAUUUUAAUGGCACAAUGCUUGGGAUGGUGGGUGGGUUGUAGAGGGGGAGAGAAUGUAUGUGUCUUGGGCACUUCCUGAAGCACUCAAUGCUUUUGAUCCUGGCUUUAUCCCUACACACUACAAAGCUUAUCUGAGAAAGGGGUGGAUCCUUUUCUUGCCCCUUCCAACCAGUGGCUAGGUGUGGCCUUUCUUAUGCUCUGUCCUCCACAGCGGAGUAAGUUUUUUGCCGUUUAACAAUAGAAGGUGGGUCAGGGUACCUUGUAUCACCCAACUGCUCAGUUUGGGGCCCUCUUUAGCAAUAGCCAUGUGUCUCUACGAAGCGAUGGCCAUGCGCCAUACCGCAAAGUGAAGUAUUUACAACAGUUUCCCAUCUGGAUUAACAAUCCAGCACAUGGUGUUUAGUUAAAUGAUUGAAUCUUCCUCUGCUUUGGUGCUGCUGUUCUGGCUUAGUCAAGGUCUGCAUAUGCACAACGCACUCAGGAAGGAUGAGCGACCAUGUCCUUGCUGCUGAACAGGCGACCCAGGAAUAAGUGGAAAAGACUCUUGUGAUGUUUAUUCUCAAUAUGAACAUGCUGUGCUGCACUGCGCCUCACUCACUGCUGUUCAUUAUCCAGCAACAGCUAAGCAGGUUCCUCCAGUAAAGAAAUCCAGCCUUCCUUUUCCUAUAUCUCUGCUGCCUUAGUGGUGACUGUGUCUGCUUCAGCAUUCAGCCUGGUUGCAUCUGACAGUUAUCAGCUGCAUGUCAUGAUAAGGAAACAUGUUUACAGAAGACACAAGCAGCACCAGCCCCCUCACAAAGUCUGUUACUUGUGUGUGAUAUGUAAACAGACCAGUGGAUGCUUUUCUUAGAACUGGAAUAGCAUGGGAGGAACUGUGGUGGUUAAGGCAAUGAUCACUUUGUUAACAGGUAUUUGGGAAGGGGAUGCUACAGUGUUGAGGCUGCAACUAGUAAAGGUGGCAUCAGCAGCCAAGAGAGGAGCAGGGCUCUUGCAGAGACCUGUUAGUUUUUUCUCUACACUUCUGUUUAGGUCUAACAUAACACCACCACCUCCAGCGGUUCAGAUAAAAGAACAAAACCAAAGAAGGCAUCAUCAGCUAGCAAAAAAUAAAGCUCAAGCCUUAAAAUUGAAAGGAUGAGAGUCUGACUCUUCAGUCAUAUAUGGAAAGCAAGUGCCAAUAGCAUUGCUUUCCCUGCCUGCCGAACCACCCUCAGGGAUGGCCUAGUUUUACCUCCUUUGAGAAGGAAUUCCUCCAAAGUGCUGCCACACACAAAAAUCUUCUGUUGGCAGGACGUAUAGCAAGGCCUCCAAAGAGGAUUUCAACCUACAGCCGUGUUCCGAUUGCGGAUGGGGGGGAGAGAGAGGUUUUUUCAGGUUUCAUUGCCCUAAGCCACGAUCAUCACAGAUGUUACGCC